AUGAACCUGACCCAACUGCCGAACAAUAUACUCGAUGCUCUCCUGCCAGGCUACUCGGUCAUCUCGGGUUUCAUCUUUCAAAUUACCGGGUUCGACAUCUCGGUUGCUGUCUCCCUGAGUGUGCUGAUAUUCACGGUCACCACGGCAUGGGUAUAUUGCUACAAGUACGCCUACUCUCUGCUCAUGACCCAUAUGACAGCAUCUAUCACUGUUCCUUCUCACGACGAUAUCUAUGAUCAAGUCAUAGCCUGGGUGUCCGAACUGGCUAUCGCAACCACCAGCCGAUCGAUGCGUGCCAAAAGCAAACGCCACAUGAGUUGGGAUUCUGACGAGGACCUACGCGCAGAUGUAUCCGGAAAAGCAUCUCAGGACACUCUCCUCAAUUUCAGCAACUGGGAAGCAAAAGUGCCUCCGAGGUUCGAGCCGCAUUAUGAGUUCUCCUGGUUCCGCCACAAGGGAAACUAUUUCAAACUGUCGAGAGAGAAGGAACCUGUCUUGAAUGGACGAAUGGGGUUCAACAUGGUCAGCAGCGAUGAAACUUUGACCAUCACCGUGCUUGGAAGAUCGUUGCAGCCCAUCAAGGAGCUGAUCAGGGAAGCAAGAGAUGCCUCCUUUGCUCGUGAGAGAAGCAAGACUACGAUUCGUCGACCUGGUCCAAAGGAAUUUCGGUCACGGGGGAUAUACGCCUGGAGCAGAGCCGCCACUCGCCCGUCUCGACCUAUCGAAACUGUCGUCCUCGAUAACACUCAGAAAACAAAACUGUUGCUGGACAUCAACGAAUACCUUCAUCCUGCUACCCCAAGAUGGUACGCAAACCGUGGAAUACCCUAUCGACGCGGCUACCUAUUUCACGGGCCCCCUGGUACGGGGAAAACAUCACUGAGCUUCGCCAUAGCCGGCGUAUUCGGACUGGACAUAUAUUGUAUUUCGCUACUUGAACCAAGCUUAACGGAGGAAGACCUGGGUUUACUGUUUAACUCCUUGCCCAGACGCUGUGUGGUUCUCUUGGAGGAUAUUGAUACUGCAGGGUUAGCACGUACUACGGCCGAUGAAGACCUAUCGACAGAAACAACCGACACCACCAACGAAACGACUGACAGCGUUAUCCCUAAUUUGAAGACGGCAGUCCAACAACCAGCCAAUCGUGCGAAGAAAGGGAAAAGGGCGAACGCCGACGAGGAACCCAAGGGCAUCUCUCUCUCCGGCCUCCUGAACGCAAUCGACGGCGUGGCUUCCCAUGAAGGACGAGUCCUCGUUAUGACAACAAAUCACCCCGAUAAACUCGAUGAUGCACUUAUUCGCCCCGGCAGAGUAGACAUGAUGGUUGAAUUUACAUUGGCAAAUAGGGAACAGAUUCGAGAGAUCUUUAUCCGAAUGUAUUCUCCAGAUCAGCCGGGAAGCGUUAAUGCAACCACUUCAUCGCCCUCACACAUUGAGAAAUCUCUAGCUGUCCUGAACUCUAAGCUAUUUAAUCACUCUAAGCCAGAGAAAUCUCCUGCUAGCCAUGAUCAAUCAGUAGCAGACGAGAAAAGGGGGAGGGAGUGCACAAGCGUCAGCGCCAGUCAUCAGGUUACCAUUACACAUAUUAAUGAACUGGCAACUUCAUUCGCCGCACUUCUUCCAGAAUAUGUCUUCUCGCCAGCUGAGAUUCAGGGAUUCUUGCUUACCCGCAAAAGAGAGCCUCAUCUAGCUGUAGAAGAGGUCCCUACCUGGUGUGAGAAUCUUAUGGUCACAAGGACCCGCCGUCACCCAACUGCUCUUUCAACAUCUAGCACUGCAGUUAGCAAGCAAUCUGAUAAGAGUGUUGCCGAAUCAGAUAAUGAGGCCACUGGUACAUCUGCAGAUGAGCAAGCCAACAGUGAAGCUGAGAGUGAAAGUGCAGCAUCCACCUGA